CUGUGCUUCAACACAGCACGCUAAUCCGCUGAUAUUCUACAUGCAGGUGUCACUUCCCACGAUGAUCUACGUUCUGUUCCCUGCCCUGGCUAUGGCUUUUCUAGACGCACCCCAACCGCAUCCUGCCUGGCAUGUCGACUACGACGCAACUGCUUUCUACCACCCAAUGAAUGCCAGCAUCACUUCCAGACCGUUGACACCGUCCGUGUGUCCGGCAGCGCCACUGUUCCCGGCAGCGUCACUCGACUUGCGGCCGGAAUACCUAUCGCCACCAACAUCAAUUCGCCCAUCAGAUAUAAAAGAGCAGGCGCGCACGGAGGCGUUUUGUGGGCCCGGCUGCUGUGCUUCAACACAGCACGCUAAUCCGCUGAUAUUCUACAUGCAGGUGUCACUUCCCACGAUGAUCUACGUUCUGUUCCCUGCCCUGGCUAUGGCUUUUCUAGACGCACCCCAACCGCAUCCUGCCUGGCAUGUCGACUACGACGCAACUGCUUUCUACCACCCAAUGAAUGCCAGCAUCACUUCCAGACCGUUGACACCGUCCGUGUGUCCGGCAGCGCCACUGUUCCCGGCAGCGUCACUCGACUUGCGGCCGGAAUACCUAUCGCCACCAACAUCAAUUCGCCCAUCAGAUAUAAAAGAGCAGGCGCGCACGGAGGCGUUUUGUGGGCCCGGCUGCUGUGCUUCAACACAGCACGCUAAUCCGCUGAUAUUCUACAUGCAGGUUAGUAAAUCAUACAGCCUUUUCACGAAGCGUUCAAGUAAUUACUUUCUACUGCAGCUGCCGGGCCCACAUUGCUGCCUUUCCAUUGUUGUUCAGUGUUGUGAUGUUAUUCGCUCUUUAUUGUUGCUGGCGGGUGACAUCGAAACUAACCCUGGACCUGAUAGUCAAGCCGUACUAAAGGAACUUAAGAGCCUAUCCGCAGGUCAAUCGCAACUGAUCACCGAGAUUCAAGGCCUCAAGUCUCAGUUACUAACAACUGACAAAGCAAUAUCCGAUCUGAGCGUGCGCAUGACGAACCUGGAGACCCUCUACCAAAACCUAAUCCCCUUGCGUUCUGAUAUAGAAAGCGUGAAGAGUGAUGCUGCCCGUGCAGCACACACAAUUCAGAGGCUGGAAGCGCGUCUUGAUGAUGCCGAGAAUCAUUCUCGGCGCAACAAUCUAAUUUUUUAUGGUAUUGAUGAAUCUUCAGGGUCAGAGUCGUUCGCGCAAUCGGAGCACAUGAUCAUUGACCACUGUCGCAAACAUAUGAGCAUCACUCUUGACCCAAAAGAAAUCGAGCGCGCGCACCGCUUGGGCAAUCCUGCAGCUAAUCGUAACCGCCCCAUAAUAGUGAAGUUCACCUUUCAUAAAACAAAAGAUCUUGUUCUCUCUAACGGCCCUAAAUUUAAAGGAACAAGCUUCAGCGUUGGCGAGGAUUUUACGCGUCCUGUUCAAUUGGCCCGCAGACACCUUCUAUCAUUCGCAAAAAGCAAAUCAGCACCUUACUCCCUGCGCUUUAAAACUCUGUUUAUGGGUAGUAAGCGCUAUGUUUUCGAUGAAGGCACACAGAGUGUGAAAGAAUUGCAAUAGCAGCCAACUCGACGCGGGA